AAAUAUACUCAUGAAAGGGAUUAAGCGUGGAGGACAGCGAGGAAAUAAAAAUGAAGGAAAUAGAUUUCUAAGAAGAUUUUUAACAGGGUUUCAAAGGAAAUACGCAGUGAUUUUAAAUCUCCCCAGGAAAACGCGAGCGUAGGGGGAAAAAACGUGCAAAAUGAUCCAACGGAUGGCCGCAUUCUAAGCAAAUGGGCCAUGGAUUCAAUCGUCGAUCCGAACUUAGCCGUUGAGUCAUAACGAAUGGAAAAUUGAAAUUUCAAAUUUCAUGGAGCGUGAAAAAGCAUGAUUAUAUAUAACUUUCAGCAUUUGUAGACCAGAGGAUGAAGAGGCAAAGCAGAGGAAAAGGUAGGAAUCAGGAAAUAACAACGGAAUGAGGGCAAAAAUCUUCUUCCAGCUGGUCUGGCACCGACAAUGGAUUCAUGGGUGGGUUCAUUUCUCAGAGGAGGCCUUACUAAGCACUGCAUGACUCCCUCUGAAACUGCUCACAGGGAAAAAGUUUGUGGAGUGGGACAUCUUAAUUCUAGAAACACAGAAAAGCUGCAAUCAUUGAAGUUGACGUGUUUGGUGAGGUUGACACGAAUGAUUACAAAUGGGACCUGGGUGGCAGACAGCAAGCUCACACAAUCCUUCUUUGCAACUUACUCAAUGACAGGGUGGCAGCAUGUUGCAGCAAUUGAGCAGCUUUUUGAAUUAGUAGUUUUUCAUAAUGGUGUAUUCAAAACAGCAAGAGAUGGAAUUAGUCUUGCAUCAUUUAUUUAGAUAUAUUUUGGUCAAGCAUAUUGACUUGAUAGCAUUGUAACAUGUACAAAUAUGGUGUUUAAUAAAAAAAAUUAUUGGAAGGGGUUAAAAACCCCUUCUAAAGGCUGAAGGGAAUAAUCACUGGCCAUGGUUAUUCCUUGAGGUCGUGUUUUUUGACA